AUGGCGCCUGUUCAGUCAGACCCGCUCAGUCGUCGGCUAUCACUCGCCCCCUCUUCAGCUUCUUACACGUCACAGCCAUCUCCUCCCUCACCUCUGGCCAAGCUUUGUUUGUUUCCGGGUACGGAAGGAAAUGGCGCGUUCACUCAACUGGUGUGUCUUCUCCUGGUGAUCGUCUUUUUUAUUGAUGGACGAAUUCAAUGGAAAGCCUACACGCUCAUUUACGGGAUGGCAUUCGUGCUGGUACUCGGAUGCAUCCUCACACUGCUUCUCCACUACUUCGAAGUUCCGAAUAAGGGCGUUCUAAACAAAGUGCACGAGCUCUUAUGGAAUGCUGUCUGCUGUGCUCUGUGCGCUGUCGGAUGUGUAGUACUCGUGUGGGACUGGUGGCAAAUACGUGCCGGACGUCAUCACCAUCACUCCACAUUGGCACCUCGAAAUAUUGGAGAAUCGCGAUGGCUGAGACGAGUCGCCAUUGUCGCG